AAGUAACAAGUCAAGAUGCCGAUGCUGCCAUGGCUCACCUCACCUGUCAUGUUACACUCUUCUCGCGACCCUGGAGAGUGUACCAUGACCCCUGAGCAAUGUGCCUACAAACACCGAUACUGGGUAUUCUGGUACGAAGCUGAUCAUCGCUACAGCCUACCAACAGUAGCCUUUUUCCUGGUUGCCAUCAUGCUUUUCACAAUGGCUCGGUUGAUACGGCUGUUCACGCCGCGAUCAUGGAAACGACUUUCCGGAUGGGCGCGAUUGAUGGCAGUCUUUCGAACAUUGUCUUAUAAGAAGUUGUGGAUUCUAGGAAGCAGCACCCAGUCAAUUGGCGCCCUUUUUCUGGCGGCGGUUGGUGUUGUCUAUUUCCUCGCAAUGACUCUCGCUCCUCGUCCUUACUACUGGCCCAACACGAUGGAAAUCAACUAUGGAAACUCUCCCCCGAUUGCAACUCGCUCUGGAUUCAUGGCACUGGCCUGUAUGCCGUUCAUUUAUAUGCUGGCAGCGAAAGCGAGUCCAAUCACGUUACUAACGGGAAUCUCUCACGAGUUAUUAACCAACUGGCAUAGCUGGGCUGCCUGGGCAAUGUUCGUUCUCGCUCUGGUACACACCUUCCCCUUCAUCGUCUAUCACAUUCAGAUGGGUGAUAUCGUGGAACAAUGGAAUGACGGAGGUCUCUGGGUAACGGGAGUCGUGGCAUUGCUUGCACAAGCGUGGCUCACAUUUGGAUCUAUCCCAUGGCUUCGUAAUCGGUACUAUGAAUUCUUCAAAUCGACCCAUUUUAUAGCGGCAUUGGUAUUCAUCGUCUUCUUUUUCUUCCACUGCGACUAUACCCUGUCCUCGUGGGAUUACUUCAUCGCCACUGCUGUUCUUUACACUCUGUCCUGGUGCUAUUCGCAAUGCAAGACAUAUUUCGAGUAUGGUGUCGGCCACGAAGCGCGUCUUCAACGGGAAAGCAACGGUACACUAAAAAUCACGAUCAACUCAAGGAAGGCGAGGUGGACAGUGGGACAGCAUAUCUAUCUUCGUUUCUUAGCUGGUGGCAUAAUGCACGUGUUAACCGCUCACCCAUUUACCAUUUGCUCGAUGCCUCAUACCGAUCCGGCGGAAAAGGCAAGUCAGCUGGUGUUCUACAUCCGACCGCGAGGUGGCGAUACGAAAUUCUUGAUGGCGCAGGCGAUAAAACAUCCCAACACUGAGAUCCCAGUGCUGAUGGACGGGCCGUACGGUGGAAUUCCGAGCACACAGUUAAAUUUCUCUGACAGCGCACUAGCAGUCGGCGGCGGUGCUGGUGCCGGUUUCACUCUCGCUGUCAUUGAACAUAUCUUGCAGAGGUAUAUCGUCACUAGAAAGGCAAACAGAAGACUGAAAGUAAUCGUUGCCACACGCGAACCAGACACGCGGAUAUGGUAUAUUGAAGCAUUAAAAGAUAUCGCCCAUCGCUAUCCACUGUCUAAAGAGGCUUUUGCUGGUAUAUCAGUCGAUAUCCACGAGACAGGAGAGUCCGGGUCCCAAGAGGAGACCGUAAAUAAUCGCUCGGAUCUCGAAAAAGCACAGGGUUCGACGACAGUCCAGCUGAACAAUGAAGAAUCUGGCGACUCUCAGGAUCCAUCCAUCACCGAUAUGUUCAACGUCAACCUUUAUAAAGGCCAGCCCAAUCUCCGAGUCACCACUAAGGAUCUUAUUGCUGACCAGGAAGAUGCGACGAUUGGGCUAUUAGCGUGUGGUCCGUCAUCCAUGUCUCAUGAUAUGAGCGAGGCGGCAGUUUCUGCCCAGCAACAGAUCAUCAGCGGACAGCUUAAAGCCAGGGAGGUGUGGUAUCAUUCGGAAAGUUUUUCGUACUGAAGUGAGAUAUGAUAAAUAAUUUUUCUUAGCUAAUUGAUAGUCGUUUAGAAAUACUCAGACGAACACUUGAUUAU